AAUCACACGAUUGGUCCAUUCUACACAUAAUACACUGUGAUACAAUGAGGGAGAUCUUCCCUAUGUUAAUCUAGUCCACUACGAAGUGAACAGGGAAGUAAUAUCACACUAGCUAAUCGAAAGUGAAAGGGAAUCGAUUGGAAAACAAACGUCGAGCUAAAAUCUCCCUCUUUUACAGAAGAAUAUAACUACAGCACAGUUAAAGACAUCGAGAGGAGUGUAAACACAGACAAGUCUCAUUUUUUAAAAAAAGGACAAAAUAAAGAGCAGAAGAUGGCAGAACCUUCAUCACCACAACCAAGAAAAGGCAGAAGGAAAAGCCUGGACAGGCCAGAUUAUUUUUCUCCUGACUCCAGCAGUCUCCUGUCUGAAGAGCAGCUGCUGUGUUCGAUCUGUCUGGAUGUGUUCACUGAUCCAGUCACCACUCCGUGUGGACACAACUUCUGUAAGAGCUGCCUUACACAGUGCUGGGAGAACAGUCAACACUGUCAAUGUCCAUUAUGUAAAGAUAAAUUCACCAAGAGGCCUGAACUGAAGAUUAAUAUAACACUGAGAGAGGUUGCAGAUCACUUCAAGAAGAAAAGUGGUUCUGACAAACCUGAGGUUCUUUGUGAUGCCUGCACUGGAGAGAAGCUGAAGGCCCUGAAAUCCUGUCUGAAUUGUGGACUGACUUUCUGUAAAACUCAUUUAGAGCCACAUAAUCAUGUUUCCAAGCUUAAGAAACACAAACUAAUAAACCCUGUGGAGAACCUGGAGAACUACAUAUGCCAGAAACAUGAGAGAGCUCUGGAGCUGUUCUGUAGAGAUGACCAGACGUGUGUGUGUCAGUUCUGCACUGAAGGAGACCACAAGAAUCACAACACUGUUCCUAUAGAGGAGGAGAGCAGAGAGAGGAAGAUUCAGCUGGUGAAAACACAGACAGAUGUGCAACAGAUGAUUCAGGACCGAAUGAAGAAGAUAAAAGAGAUCAAACACUCAGUAGACCAAAGCAAAAGAAGCACAGAGAAAGAGAAAGCAGACAGUGUUGAAAUCUUCACUGCUCUGAUUCACUUCAUUGAGAGAAGUCAGGCUGAGCUGCUCGAGGUGAUGGAGGAGAAGCAGAAAGCAGCAGAGAGGCAGGCUGAAGGACUCAUUAAAGAGCUGGAGCAGGAAAUCACUGUGCUAAAGAGGAGAGACACUGAGCUGGAGCAGCUCUCACACACUGAGGAGCAUCUCCACCUCCUACAGAUUUACUCCUCCAUGUGCAGCCCUCCACACACCAAGAACUGGACUGAGAUCAGUAUUAACACUGAUCUGAGUGGGGACACUGUGAGGACAGCUCUGUCUCAGCUUCAGCAGACUCUGAAUGAGAAACUCACUAAAACACUCAAUGACAAAUUAAAGGAAACAGUUUCCACAGAACUGAAGAGGAUUCAGCAGUAUGCAGUGGAUGUGACUCUGGAUCCUGAUACAGCUCAUCCCAAACUCAUCCUGUCUGCUGAUGGAAAACAAGUGACACAUGGAGAGACACGAGAGAAUCUCCCUGAUACACCACAGAGGUUUAAUCAGUGUGUCUGUGUUUUGGGAAAGCAGAGUUUCUCCUCAGGGAGAUGUUAUUAUGAGGUGCAGGUCAGAGGGAAAACUGCAUGGACUGUUGGAGUGGCCAAAGAGUCCAUUAACAGGAAGGGGAAGAUUACACUGAAUCCUCAGAAUGGAUUCUGGACGGUGUUUCUGAGGAAUGAGAAUCAGUAUGCAGCUAAUGCUGGUCCCCAUGUCCCCCUCACACUGAGAGAGAAGGUGGAGGUGGUGGGGGUGUUUGUGGAUUAUGAGGAGGGUCUGGUCUCCUUUUAUGAUGUGAAGUCCAGAUCUCAUAUCUACUCUUACACUGGUCAGUCUUUCACUGAGAAACUCUAUCCAUACUUCAGUCCUUAUUCAAAUGAAGGAGGUAAAAAUUCAGCACCACUGAUCAUCUCUCCUGUAUUUAACACUGAAUGAAUUUCACCUCACAAAUUUUAUCAUCUAUUAAACACUGAGAAUAAUGAAAUAUUUUCAUUUUUCUGGUUCCUUUUAGAAAUAUAUAUUUCUUUUUAUAGUGCUGUAUGGAUUAUUUUAAUACAGUCUUUUGAGGGGACAGGGUAGUGUAGUCAGUUUUUUUUAUUACAAAAAAAUAUUUUUUAUUACAAUUUUAUUUAUUAUUACAAAUCAAAAUGUUAAUAGAAUUGUAUGAGUAUGAGCUUUACAGCAGAAUUUAAUCAGUAAAAAUGUUUGAACUGUACAAGAACUGUUUUCUGACUGCUGUGAAAAAUCCUCCUGAGGAGAUUAAACUGACUAGAGCAAGAAACAGAAUUAACCAACUGGAAAUAUACAUUUUAUUUUUAUUUCUAUUUUAAAAAAGCCAGCUAGCUAUUCUUUUAUAAAAAAUUUAAUAUUACUGUGGUUUUAUUUACUACAUUCUCCACACUGAAAUGAAAAUUAAAAUGUCAUUAUGUGAUAAACGGGUAAAUUCUGAGUGGGACAGUAAAUCACUGUAACCUUUAAUCUGUUUGUAAUGAAGUGAUAUCGUGUUCAGUGAGACAUUAUUAAAGCAAACUUUCUCUUUGAGAAAACCUUAUUUCUACAUGUAUGAAGUCUGAAUGUUUCUACUCUUUUUGUUAGGAUUUUUUUUUUAUUUUGUCCGCAGUUGCCAUGGUGAUUAAACCCCUAGUGCAGCAUGAAAUGUCAGAGUCGGUGUUCCAGUGAUUCUUGUGUGUGCUCAGUGUGUGUUAGUUUUAUUAUUUUGUGUUUAUUAGGGUAAAGUGAAUUUCAGGUUGCAUGUAAAAUAAUUAUUAGCUAAA